GAAAGGGAGAGAGAGAGAGAGAGGUGAAUGAGAUGCUUCAUUGAAUCUUGGGUAUGAUAUUGAUAUCUAUAUCUACCUCUGAGUCACUCACUGUAUAAUAUUAAGUGAAAUGAGUACAUAGCAUCAAACUUUGGUGUGCAGUACUGUAUCUGUAACAGUGAAGGAAGGAAAUAGGAAUGAAUGCAAAGACUAUAGUCUAGAUAGUGAGUGAGUGAAGCUAAAGCUACAAAACAACCAAACAAACAAACAAAAAAAACUCAAUUUUUCUGUUCUCAUUCUGGGGUUUUUGCUUUUCCUCAUUCUCUCCUCAGCACCACAAAAAUGGGCCUUGUUUCCCAGGAUGCCCUCAACCAACUCCAAGCUCUCAUGGAUCAAGUUGAGGGUGAGCCACUGCAGAGAACUUUUCAGAAUGUUCAUCAAGGUUGUGUCACUGAAACCUUAAAGCGGUUUCUAAAAGCAAGGGAGUGGAAUGCUACCAAGGCCCAUAAAAUGAUAGUUGAUUGUUUAAAUUGGAGAGUACAAAAUGAGAUUGACAACAUAUUAUCCAAACCUAUAAUCCCUACUGAUUUAUACAGAGGCAUUCGAGAUUCACAACUUAUAGGAUUGUCAGGGCACUCAAGAGAGGGUCUUCCUGUCUUUGCAAUUGGUGUUGGGCAUAGCACAUUUGACAAAGCAUCUGUCCAUUAUUAUGUGCAGUCUCACAUUCAAAUUAAUGAAUAUCGUGAUCGUGUAAUUUUGCCUAAUGCAUCAAAGAAGCAAGGGAAGCCUAUUACCACUUGUGUAAAGGUUUUGGAUAUGACUGGUCUAAAGCUGUCAGCCCUGAGUCAGAUUAAGCUGUUAACAAUUAUAUCAUCCAUUGAUGACCUGAACUAUCCAGAGAAAACAGAUACUUAUUACAUUGUAAAUGCCCCAUACAUAUUUUCAGCUUGUUGGAAGGUUGUGAAGCCACUUUUACAAGAGAGGACAAGAAGAAAAGUGCAAGUCUUACCAGGUUGUGGGCGAGAUGAGCUAUUGAAGAUCAUGGAUUACGCAUCUCUGCCGCAUUUCUGUAAAAGAGAAGGCUCAGGAUCAUCCAGACACUCACAGAAUGGAAAUGAAAAUUGCUAUUCCCUGGAUCAUCCUUUCCACCAGGAGCUCUACAAUUACAUAAAGGAGAAAUCUAGAAUCAAUGAAGCUGUUGAACCCAUCAAACAGGGAUCAUUCCAUGUAGAUUUUCCUGAACCUCCUGCUGAGAAAGCAGAGAUUGUGAAGACUCUAGAGUCUGAGCUACACAAGUUUAAGAUCAGCAAUGGGAAUGGUGUUUGAAGAUUGAUGCUGUUGCUAAUGUUGUCUUGGUCAUGUGAUCUUUGCAAGUCCUACUAACCAUUUGAACCAAACUAAUGUAGUACAAGGGUUCCUACUCCACUCUACCAUCAGGAUUCCGCAGUACUAGUUAGCCUUGUUUAUGUUAGCUUCAGAAAUUUAGGGAGUAGCAGAAUAAAGCGGAUCCCAGAUUUGCGUUAUGCCAUAAUGCAAGUGAGAAAUGUCAAAUAUGGUUAUUACCAUCAUGUUUCUUCCAAGUUUGAUAUUUUGUGUUUUCUCUUUAUAUUGCCUUCUAAUUUCUAAUGUCAGUUAUGUUUGAAGUGCUGAACUUGGAAUUAAAGAGUAUGUAUAUGCUAUUAGAUUUGUGGGACAAAAAAACUAGUUAUUUUCAUUUAUGUGUUUAGAUGAUAUUAUUACCUUUAACUCAGAAAGAGUUGUACAUGGUAAAGGGAAGGACAAAGGUUCUAAUAUAGAAGAAGAAUUCAUUUGUAGAGCGA